CACAUAAUAUACUUGACUCGUACACGAAAUAACAUCUAACUGUAAAAUCAAGCAAUCAUGUUUUUCUGCACGUAAUAAUUCAGCUUCGACGUAUGUUUUCAGCAAGUUUUCUAUGAUAAGAAAUGGAUGUGGAAGAUUAUUCAGCUUGUUUGAUUAACACUGGAAAUUGUGAAAAUAAUCUAGCAAACUUCAACGACGUUGAUUAUGAUGAUUAUGAACAAUAUGUUUCGGAUGUCUCUCCAAUUUGUGUGAGUAUUGCCAUUGGAUCGACCGGCGAUAAAGUUGUGCACAAAGUGGGUUAUGACGGUGGACCGAUUUGUGAGUGUGGUAUGAAUGAAUGUCUGCACGUUAACGGGUGUAGUAACACAAACACUUUGAACUUGAACAUCAUCCCUCGCCCUCCUCUCUCUGACUCUAGCAAGAUGAAAUUUACUUGGCAAGCUUGGCAUAGUUUUUCUCUAAAUAUGUCUGCGCUACAUCAAAUGGAUCAUGCUCUUCCACCUGACAACAAGACCGCAGCUCAACUUCGAGUUCAAAUUUGUCAUUAAACUAAAUAGACUAAAUAAUAUUAAAUGCUGUUAUUACAAUGACUGAAAUAUUCUAAAACAGUUGUCUCAAGUUUUUGAAGAAGAAACCACCAUAAUGGCUGAUGUUUUAGGAGCCCGUAUUUCGCAAAGACAAAAGUUUGACAAGCAGAAGUGGUUCCACAAAAACGGACAAGAGAACCCUGCCUGUACACAAAAUACAGGAAGACGGAACCAACGCAGUUGGAGAGAACAUACCCGUCCUUCUUUCAUGCGUUUAGAUAGCGCGGGAGAGAACUCAGCAAGCAGUUGCGAGGAUCUGAACGGAGCUUUUUCACCGGAGAUUUUAGCGUCAAACCACUGCCGACCAAGAUUCCAGGAGCAGGAACCCAGAUCUUUCACAGAGACCCCACAAGGUGGUGGUCUACUAGACAAAGUGAAGUCAGCAUUUGGGACGAGGAAUCAAUAUUUGCCUCCGAGGAGAAGCGGCACGAGACACCUAGCUCAGCACACUUCCUCCGAUAACUCAGACGCUCGACUUGCGAGUUUAGAUUCGGUGGCAGAAAAGUUCACCAACAUGAGCAUGCCAAAGCCAAAGAUGAAUCCCCAGGCCCAGCACUGGGGUAACCCAAUGCCCAACUGGCAGCAGCAUGCCAAUGGAAGUCCCGCCCAUUAUGGCGCCCAAGGCCAAUGGGGUAGAACUGCAAAUGAUCAACAUGAUAGAAACCACGCCCCGAUUUUUCAUCCUUACCAGGGAAUGAAUCAACCGCCUUUGCUUUCAUCGACGCAAAACUAUCAAAGGAACUUUUAUAGUCAGCAACCUUGGCAGCAGCAUAUGAUGGGUGGAAAUUGUCCACCCUACCCUCCUUUCACCUGGGGAUUCAAUCAAUUUGCUCCCCCUCCUUAUUGGCAGGGGCAACAAAGAUCCCGCCCUCCAUUUCCGUGCCAACAGUGGUUAGGUCCCCAGAUGAUGCAAGGAUAUGGAAACCAGGGUCAGGGACCGAUGCCUCAACAUCAAAGGGCUCAGUCUCCCGCUAAGAGGCAGAAGUGGAAUAAUCGACAUGGUAAUCGGCAAAGAACUUCCCCUCAGUCUAAGUCUAAGUCCCGAUGCCAUGUUGAUCAAAGCAAGUCUAGUUCUACCCCAGCUCCUGUUCAAGCUACCAGUGACAUUGAAUCGUCUGUUGACCAGUCUGUGAAUCUACAAGUUGAUGCAACAGUGGUAAAAAGUGAUGGACUAUCAUCAAAGGAGAAAACUACUGUUCAUGCAAAGAAAAAUGUAGAAUGUGAAGUUAGUGACCGUGCAAUAUAUUCAACAGAGAACGUAGGAAAGACAGAACAAGACGAGGAACAUAUUGCAAUUCAAAAUGAAAACAUAGAGCGUCAAAGUUCAUGUCUGACAGCAAAGAAAGAACAAGAUUCAGAAGAUACAUGUAUUGCAAUUAAAAAUGAAAACAUAGAUCAUCAAAAGCCUGAAGUUAGCAGAGUGCAUGAUACGGAUAAAACAGAGAGUGAGGCUAUAGAGCGACACUCCACAAUUGAUCUUAUCCUUGCUGACUACGAGGUGCAGUCCAGUGCUCCAGAUAAAGUGACGGCUUUUUCAUACAGCAGUGAUUCCGGAGACUCUGAUGGGGAUUCAGACAGUGCUGUAGAAACAAACGCAGAUCUUUGGGAGAGCUUCACAGCGAGUGACGACCCUUACAACCCUCUAUGUGGGUGGCGCUGUAGCGAUGGUAUCCAGGAAGUCCGUCCUGGUGUGAAGACAUCCAUCCGAGACUGCCAUGUCGACUCGGGAACGGACGAGGGCGACUGGUCAGAGACUGACAGCGAUGACGACUACGAUAGCGGGGAUGAAAGUCCCGUUGAUGAUGUCGACGCAAGUCUUCAUCGAUCCUUCAAACUCUCCGAUCCUCAACUCCAGGAACUCAGAGACAACCUCUCCUCAACUCCCAAAGUGAAAUCAGAAUCGACUUCCGCUCAUCAUCCAUCCGUGGCCUUCAUCCUCGGCUCGACUUCCAGUUCAUCCGAGGACGAAGAUGGUGAUUGGGACACACUUGACGAUCCCUCUAUCUUGCAAGACGACCCUCUCUGGGACUCAUUCAACCGAGCCCGGGAUCCCUACAGCCCCAUGGAGGCCUGGAAAUUCCGUGAUUCAAAUCUGUCUUCCCCCGUUGCUCCAUCCAGUCCCAGCCAAACCACGCCUAUGAGAAAAGAUUCCGUUGACGGACUAAGAACUUUGUUACUAACGCCAACAGAGCGGAAAGAGACACUACCUCAGUGUGAGGAACUAUCCCCAAGGGACAGUGAUGGGGAGAACUUUGCUAUUGCCACUGUCAGGGUCCAUUCAGCUAGAGACGACUUUGGUCUUGGUCUUCGAAAGCCUGUGGUCUGUGAGGUGGCUAUGAAGCGUGUCUCCAGUGCCAGCUGCCUGAGGAGAUUUCAGUUGACCCCCAAAGACAAGGCUACCAAAAAGGUCCGCUUCUGCCCCAACUCGUCUUUCAUCGUUCUCGUUGAGAAGGAUUUGACAUCCUGUGAAAACAACGCCACGAUAGGAGCUGAGAACGACUGGCAAGCCUGUGCAAGGGAUAGAAUGCGAUUCAAGGCUCGUAUUGAUCAACUUUCUAUCGUACUCGACCCUGUUCUCACAAAUGAACAUCGGGAACAGGUCUACGCAUCUCGAAAGGCUGUAGGAGGGUGCAGAUGACACUUUGAACAUUUUGUAAAUUGAUAAGUGUUUUUCUCGUGCAAUGCAAGAAAUGUGUUCUUUCAUUGCAUUACACAUGAUAUACAUUUUUUUAUUUCAUGUCAUUUUUAUUUUUUAUUAAGGCUCUACAUGUAUACAGUGGAUUAUCCUGAUAAAGACAACUGUUAAACUUUGUUUCUUAUAGUUUACUUAAGAGCCUUAAAGACAAGAUGUCAAAUGAUACUAUUCAAUAGAAUAAAAAGAUUCCUGUGGUCCCACGAGUGUGUAAUUACAAGAGUCCCUGGUAUAAUAACUACAUGUACUUUAAUACGAAUGUACAUGUAGUAUAUUGUGAAAGCUUAAAGAUCUCUAGAUAAGACUUUGUAUUCUAUUGUUUUACAGCCCCUUUAUAACAAGGUGUCAAUAGAAAAGAGUAAGUCCAGGGUGGUGUUUCACAAAGAUCCUAAGUUGAACUUAUCUCUUAGUUGGACUUAACAAUUAUGGAAAGCCAUUAGCAUCAUUGAAUUUUUUUUGUAAAAGUU